GCUGGAGAGGCCCCUGGUCGCUGUGUUUCCUCCCAGGGGUGACUUGGCAGUGAUAUGCUGUGUUUCCUCACUUCUGCAAUUGCCAAGCUGUCACACAGCGCUCCGGCUUAGACCCCGAGGGACACGCAGUUCCUACAUUGAAUGUUACAGGCAUAUACAGCACCCCAUGAUCAGGUGACCCUUCCAGCCCAGAGCAAUGGAGCAAAAUGAAUCCUCCCGUGUGGAUUCUGAAUUUCGAUACACCCUCUUUCCGGUUGUUUACAGUGUCAUCUUUGUGUUGGGGGUGAUUGCCAAUAGCUAUGUGCUAUGGGUCUUUGCCCGGUUGUACCCUUCCAAGAAACUGAACGAGAUAAAGAUCUUCAUGGUGAACCUCACCGUUGCCGACCUGCUUUUCUUGAUCACCCUCCCGCUGUGGAUUGUCUACUAUUACAAUGAAGGCAACUGGAUUCUACACAAAUUCCUGUGCAACCUGGCUGGCUGCCUCUUCUUCAUCAAUACCUACUGUAGUGUGGCCUUCCUGGGUGUCAUCACUUAUAACCGCUACCAGGCAGUGGCCUAUCCCAUCAAGACUGCUCAGUCCACCACCCGCAAGCGUGGCAUCUCUUUGUGCGUGGUCAUUUGGAUAUCCAUCGUGGCUACUGCAUUAUACUUCCUGGCCACGGACUCCACCAACGUGGUUCGCACAAAAGAUGGCUCAGGCAACAUCACCCGCUGCUUUGAGCACUAUGAGCCGCGCAGUGUGCCGAUCCUUGUGGUUCACGUCUUCAUCGCAUUCUGUUUCUUCCUCGUCUUCCUUCUCAUCCUCUACUGCAACCUGGUCAUCAUCCACACGCUGCUCACGCGGAAGGUACAGCAGCAACGCAAACCUGAAGUGAAGCGCCGGGCACUGUGGAUGGUCUGCACUGUCUUGGCGGUGUUCAUCAUCUGCUUUGUGCCCCAUCACAUGGUCCAGCUGCCCUGGACCCUCGCAGAGCUGGGCUACCAGACCAACUUCCACAAGGCUAUUAAUGAUGCUCAUCAGAUCACCCUCUGCCUCCUCAGCACCAACUGUGUCUUAGACCCUGUAAUCUACUGCUUUCUUACCAAGAAGUUCCGAAAGCACCUCAGCGAAAAGUUUUACAACAUGCGCAGUAGCCGGAAGUGCUCCCGGGCCACUACUGACACGGGCACCGAAGUGAUGGUUCCUGUUGACCAGACUCCUGUCAUGUUGCUAAAAAAUUAAUCUCUGUCUUAUUAAAGACAGACCCAGAGUCUCCUCUUCCGUGGACCUCACAGCCUGAGCUGGGAGGCGAGAGGUUUCUGCUUGUGGACAACCCCUCUUGGGACCAUGGCGGACCACUGAGGGCAGAGGUUCCUUUCUCACCGAGACGCUGGUUGACGGCACUGCCAGCAUGUUGGAAAAUACCGAACUUGAAUGCUCCUUUUUACUCAUCUGUGGGUUAAUACUAGCGACUGUGGCUGAUGGCUUCAUCCAGAGAUUUUUGAAUCUGACAUCCCGGAUAGGGCCAAACCUUGGGCUUAGACUCUGAGUUACCCAGUUCUUCCGACUGGGGCCGCAGCCGUAGUAUUUAUUGGGCACUGCCUCCUGCUGCAGGCAGGGGAGGAGUUAUGGGCGAGCAUCGCUUCACUGGUCCCGUGGAAGAUCUUUGUGGGAACAGUAGGUUUAGGAUGGCGCCCUGCUUUCUCCACCCCCAGGUACAAGGUCUCUGUGAGACUUUUAGAGGAAGUGGUUUGAUGGAAGCCUCUGAUGACCCAGAAACUUAUCUCAAAUGUAACCAGAGGAAAUAAUACAAAAGCUGACCAGAAGCUAGGAUGGGAGCGGAUUUCCCGAGGCAGCUGAGUUUCCAGCCAGGCCUGAGAGUCUAGGAGAGAGAUGGCUCCCUCAGGACACUGCAGUUUCAACUGCGGGCAGGCGCCAGCUUCUUUUGGUGACCCCUGAACACCUGAUGGUGACUUUUUGACAAGUGUGUUAGUCACACUUCACUCGCUGUGCCCAGUCCUUCUGUCAGAAACAACCGACGGAAGGAGAGAUUUAUUUGGCUCACAGUUUCAGAGGACUUCACUCCAUCACGGCAACCAAGGCCUGCUGGGGCAGCUCAGACUAUUGGUGGCAGGAACAGUAGGCAGAGGUUGUUCAUGUGGCAGUGAGCCAGGAGACAAAGCAGCCCUUUAAACUGGGGCUGGGUACAAUCUUCAGAAGCCCUGCCAGCUGUCCAUUUCUACAGCCGGGUCCUACCUCCUCCCGGUUCCACAGGCUCCCACAAUAACACCAAUAAUGGGAGAAUGAACACAGAGACCGCGGCCCUGGGCCAGUGAGAUCAGGUAAAGGCACUUGCUGCUAACACGGACAAUCAGAGUUGGAUCCCAGAACCCACAUGGUGGAACGGGAACAGACUUCUGCAGGUUGUCCUUUGACCUCUUCAUGCAUGUUGUGUCAUGCACAUGCCCUGCCUCCCCCAUAUACACAUAAAUAUACGUACAAAAUAAUGCAACAGAGCAAGACAAACACGGCCCCGUGGAGGUGCAGGGUAUUUCAGAUUCAAAAUACAUGAACUAUUACAUUCACACGAGGUCCUCUCCUGCUCUCUAAACAGGAGCAGGAAUGGCAGACUCAGAACUCUGAGAAAUUUUCCUGGUUCUCUGAGCCUUGUGUUCCUUAAAAAACAUGUUCUUGGGCUGGAGAGAUGGCUCAGUGGUUAA